UCUUCUCCACCUCAGAGCUUAAUUAGAUUGGAGGUCGGGUGGCCAUGGGGAGAGAUGAGUGUGAACUGGCUCCCCUUUGGUUGCUGCGUGCGCCUGCAGAAAGCCCAGAGAUGGAGGCGGCGCGAAGGGGCGCGAAUCGAGGUGCGGGGGGAGACCGAGGAGCUAAGGAACAGCUUCAUCAUCCUCUUCUCAUCCAGGCAUGCGUCAUGCCUGCUCAGACUGCUGAGCUCAGGAAUGGAGGAGACGGUUUGGGAGCAGUACACUGUGACUCUACAGCGGGACUCUAAGAUGGGCUUUGGAAUUGCUGUGUCCGGGGGCCGGGACAAUCCAAACGUGGAGACCGGAGAGACGUCCAUCAUUGUGUCAGACGUGCUGCCAGGAGGACCGGCCGAUGGACUGCUCUUUGAGAAUGACCGCGUGAUGCAGGUCAACACCAUCACCAUGGAUAAUGUGCCUCAUUCAUUUGCUGUGCAGUCACUUCGAAAAUGUGGGAAAGUGGCCAAAGUGACUGUAAAGAGGCCUCGCAAGGUGGCUGUCCUCAAGCGCCCACCGUCCCCGAGCGGGGAUAGCCGCGAUUACAACAUAUCCAGCUAUUAUCCCGAGGACAACCGCAGCGUUCACAGUGACCCAGACUCUGAUUACCCUCGGGGAAACGGCGGCCUGGGCUACCCCCGCGACAGAGAGCAUGACCGCAGUCUCGAAAAGAGCCGGAUAGACUACCUGGAGCCGGAUUACCGCAGCCAGGACAACGACUCCCGGCGGGAAAGGAGCAGAGGCAGGAGCGCGGAGAGGUCGCCCAGCUCUGACAGCGGCUACCGCAGGGACGGCAGCCGGGGCCGGACGCUGGAGCACGGAUCCAGCCCGGAGCCUCGCUAUCACAGGCAGCACAGUAGAGGCCGCGGCGGAGGAGGAAGCCCUGCCGGAAGCUACGGGAGGGACCAGGGCUACGACACGCGGAGGUAUGACACUCGUCCGGAUGACAGGAUGAUCAGGAGUCACAGCAGGGACCGGCUGCAGGAUCGCUCACCGUCACCCAGCAAAGAGAAAGACAGAGGAAGAGACCGGUACAACUAUGAGCCCCUGGAGCUGCCCAUCAAUGUCAUGCUGGUGAAAAACAGGCCCAAUGAAGAGUACGGCCUCCGGCUGGGCAGCCAGAUCUUCAUCAAAGAGAUGACCAGCACUGGAUUGGCUGCCAGAGAUGGAAAUCUCCAGGAGGGCGACAUCAUUCUUAAGAUCAACGGGACGGUGACUGAGAACCUCUCUCUGAGUGACGCCGGCAAGCUGAUUGAGAAAUCACGGGGCAAGCUGCAACUGGUGGUCCAGAGAGACCACCGACAGAUCCUGGUGCGCAUUCCUGCCCUGGCAGACAGCGACUCUGAGCCUGACGAUAUUUCGGAGAUUGAGUCGUACCAUUCCUACUCACCUCAAGAUGACCAAAGGUCACGCCAGUCUGACCUCUCCUCACACUCUUCCAAUGAUGUAGCACGAGAGAACGCCAGGGAGGAUCCUCAAAGUAGAUUGGCAAAGACCGCUGUUUCAUCCUCUCCUUACAAAACUCCAGAGGAGCCACUUCCAGCCCAGGAGGAGAGAGUAGAACCACAGGAAGAAGAACCACCACCAGCAAUAAAGACAACACCCAAGAUCCUGCUCAGACCGAGCCCAGAGGACGAGGCCAUUUAUGGCUCCUCCAUAUUCAUGAGGAAGAGGCAGUCUGCUGCUGCUCGUAUCCACUGGGAGAGGUUAUUUUUGUGUCCUGCUCUUGCUUUACAGAGCCGCUUUGUUUUAAGACCAGAGCUCCAGUCGGGAUUCCGAAGGCCGGUUGUGCUGUUUGGACCAAUCGCUGAUGCUGCCUGUGAAAAACUGGCCGAGGAGCUUCCAGACGAGUUUGUAAUUGCCAAAACAGAACCCAAAGAUGCGGGGUCAGAGAAAUCCUCUGGGGUGGUUCGUCUCAACACUAUUCGACAGAUCAUUGAACAGGACAAGCACGCUCUCCUGGACGUCACCCCUAAAGCAGUGGACACCCUAAACUACACGCAGUGGUACCCCAUAGUCAUCCUCUUCAGCCCGGACAGCAAACAUGGGGUGAAGGCGAUGAGACAGAGGAUCAUCCCCAGCUCUAACCGCAGUGCCCGCAAACUCCACGACCAGGCUCUGAAGCUCAGGAAAACCUGCUCACACCUGUUUACCGCUGUUAUCGAUCUGAACUCGGCUAAUGAUGCCUGGUACGGCAGUUUGAAGGAGACCAUACGAGACCAGCAGACCCACGCUGUGUGGGUCUCAGAGGGGAAGCUGGACGGGACGGAGGGGGCCCUUGACGUUCAUGAUGACCGCAUGUCAUAUCUCUCAGCCAUGAGCGCUGACUAUCUCAGCAUGGACAGCCGGCUGACCAGCGACUACGACGACACGGCGGACGAGGGAGGGACUUACACAGAUAACGAAACGGACGAGCUGCUCGAUCGCCAGCGGGUGUCGGCCAUUAGCCGCUCCUCUGAGCCAGUCAUGCCAGAGGAGUGCUGGCCUUUACCUGUGGUUUAGGAAGAGAAGUGUAGUAGGAAACCCUUUGAUUCAAUUCGGUAGUGCUCUUCUCCUUCAUAUUAAUUUGUCUUUCAGGUAAAAAUGCUGUCUCAAGUGGAGGCGUCACGGGGGCAGUACGACCCCUCUCGAAACUACGACUCUCGUUCAAGCAGUCCCGCGAGCAGCGAGCACCCGCGCAGCCAGGACUCUCCUGCAAAAACCAAACCCCUGCCUCCCCCCACAGCUCUCAAACCUACCUACGUGUCCCGCAGCUCCAGAGGCCUCGUAAACAGCCCUCCGGUACGGGACCGCAAACCUCUGGAGGACAGCCCUGACGAUCCCUCUCAGAGGUCUUUCCUGGGCAAAGUGAAGGCCUUUGAGAAGAUGGAUCACUUGGCCCGGACACAGAGAGUCCUGGAGAUCCAAGAGGCCCAGAACGCCAGGAUGGAGAUUGCACAGAAACAUCCAGACAUUUAUGCCGUCCCCAUGAAAUCUCAGAAACUGGACCACAGCAGGCCACAACCUAUCGGCUCCAGUGCGCGACCGGAGCCCCAGACGCCUCCUUGCAAGCUGCCAUACUCGGAGAGCCGCCCGCUCGGCCUCGGCGAGGAGCCCGGAGAGGAGUUUCGACAUCAGCUGGCAGAGCAGACCAAGCGUGGCUAUUACACCACCACACAAAACUAUCAGGACACUGAGCUGUAGAGUUGCUCUGCUUCGGCUCACCGCACAGCUUCACCAUUCCACCGGGGCGCCGCCCUGCACCAAAACUGCUGCUGACUUGCAAGUCCCGUUUGCUUUUAAGUUUUCCCACGCAUAUGUAUUUUUCACUUCAGAGAAGUUCAGCUUUCUGUCCAUGAGGAUAGAAUCUUAUUGUUUUAUAUA